UCACGUCAUCUUCUUCCUCAAAAGAGAGUCUCCAGCUGGCUGCCGACAACCGCCGCAGCAAAUGACGUUCGAGGCCGCGCCGCCUCUGUAAUCCCCCAUGGCCUUCUCUCAAGAUCAAGUCUGAUAAGGACACAACUGAUCCGGAUGACCCGAUUAAAGAAUUUUUGAACCCCAAUGUUGCUUACGCUCUUGGGCCGAGAAUCAGUACAUGGGACGAAGACCAAAAGAUUGCUGCCAACUUGCAAAAGCAACCUUUUUCCAAAGUCUCUGCUGACCUUUUCAACUCAUUUCCGCUUAAAUUCCACUGGUGCGAGCUGCAUAGUGGCUUUAUCAGAUGGCAUUGAGCAAAGAAACGGCAAGUUUGACUUUGAGCGUUUAUUCAAUAAAUGCACUAAAACUGGUAUUGCCAAAUGCUUGCACGCCCUUCUCAUCGUGUCAGGGAUGGUCCAGAGUAUUUUCAAUGCCACCAAGCUUGUUAAUAUCUAUGCCUAUCUUGGUGAUGUUUUGUUGUCUCGAGAAACUUUUGAUCAAAUACCGAGAAAAGAUACCUAUACUUGGAAUUCGAUGUUAUCAUCUUAUGUCCGGAACGGCUAUUACCGUGAAGCGGUGAAUUGUGUGAAUGAAAUGUUAUUGGCCUCUAAUGUUCAGCCUGACUUUUAUACUUUCCCUCCUGUGCUGAAAGCUUGUCGUACAAUACAUGAUGGAACGAGACUUCAUUGCUGGGUUGUCAAAAUGGGUUUUCAAUGGGAUGUGUUUGUGGCUGCUUCUUUGGUGCAUAUGUACUGCCGUUUUGGCUCUUUUGAUAUUGCACUUAAACUUUUUAAGGACAUGCCAACUCGUGAUAUGGGUUGUUGGAAUGCUGUGAUUUCUGGGUUUUGUCAAAAUGGGAAUGCUAAUGAGGCUUUGAGUGUCGUGGAUGACAUGAGAUUGGAGGGUGUAGAUAUGGAUGCGGUGACUAUUUCCAGUAUUCUUCCAAUUUGUGCACAAAAGGAUGAUAUAUUACAUGGGAUGUUGAUCCAUUUGUAUGUCAUAAAACAUGGAUUAGAGUUCGAUGUGUUUGUUUCCAAUGCGUUUAUUAAUAUGUAUGCCAAAUUCGGUAAAUUGGAGUGUGCUCGGAGGAUCUUUGAUCAGAUGGUUGUUAGAGAUUUGGUGUCGUGGAAUUCAAUAAUUGCUGUAUAUGAGCAAAAUGAUUGCCCGCAUGAUGCGUUGAUGUUCUUUUACGAGAUGCUGGGAAAUAAGUUUCAGCCUGAUGUACUGACACUGGUCAGUUUGGCUUCCACUAUAGCUCAAACCAGGGACUCAUUGUCUGGCAAAUCCAUUCAUGGAUUCAGUAUUAGAAGAUGUUGGAUAAUGGAAGACACUAUAAUUGGUAAUGCUGUUGUUGAUAUGUAUGCUAAAAUAGGUGCUCUUGAUCCUGCGCGCAAGGUUUUUGAAGAACUUUCUUGCAAAGAUGUGAUCUCAUGGAAUACAAUGAUAACAGGUUAUGCUCAAAAUGGUCUCGCAGAUGCAGCCAUUGAAGUGUACCGCAUGAUGAAAGAUUGUGAGGACUUCACUCCUAACCAAGGGACAUGGGUUAGCAUUCUACCCGCUUAUGCUCAUAUUGGGGCCUUGAUUGACGGGAUGAGAAUUCAUGGGCAGGUGUUAAAGGUGGGUAUUGACACGGAUGUCUUCCUGGGUACUUGCCUCGUUGAUCUAUAUGGAAAAUGUGGAAGACUGGGUGAUGCAAUGUUUAUGUUCUAUGAGGUGCCAAGGGUAAGCCCUGUUCCUUGGAAUGUCAUAAUAUCAUGUCAUGGACUCCAUGGACAUGGUGAGAAUUGUAUGCAGCUUUUUAGAGAGAUGUUGGAUGAAGGGGUGAUGCCUGAUCAUGUGACCUUUUUGUCAUUAUUGAGUGCUUGUAGCCAUUCGGGUUUGGUUGAUCAGGGCAAGUGGUGUUUUGAUGUGAUGCAGCACAACUAUGGGAUGAAACCUACUUUGAAGCACUAUGGGUGCAUGGUGGACCUGUUUGGUAGGGCUGGUCAAUUGGAUGUGGCGUAUAAUUUCAUUGAGCGUAUGCCUAUGAGACCUGAUGCUUCUGUAUGGGGAGCUCUUCUUGGUGCUUGUAGAACCCAUGGAAAUGUUGAGCUGGGUAAAAAGGUCUCUGAUCGCUUGUUUGAAGUUGAUUCAGAAAAUGUUGGAUACUAUGUUUUGAUGUCAAAUCUUUAUGCAAAAUUUGGUAGAUGGGAGAGGGUGGAUGAAGUGAGAUCACUAGCUAGGGACAGAGGACUGAGGAAGACGCCUGGUUGGAGCUCGAUCGACCUACACAGUAGAAUAGAAGUGUUUUAUACGGGCAAUCGAACUCAUUCGCAGCAUGAAGAGAUAUACAAGGAGUUGGCAAUUUUAAAUGCCAAAAUGAAGAGCUUUGGUUAUACUCCAGAUUAUAACUUUGUAUUACAGGAUGUUGAGGAUGACGAAAAAGAGAAUAUCCUCACAAGUCACAGUGAGAGGUUGGCUAUUAUGUACGGAAUUCUGAAUACUCCUCCUAGAACUCCCAUUCGAAUAUAUAAGAAUUUGCGAGUAUGCGGUGAUUGCCACAAUGUGACAAAAUUCAUUUCGAAGAUUAUGGAGAGAGAGAUCAUUGUCCGAGAUUCUAACCGCUUUCAUCAUUUCAAAGAUGGAAUUUGCUCCUGUGGGGAUUAUUGGUGACUCAUAGUCUGCCAUUUCUUGAUUGAGAAAAAGUGAUGAUGUCAUUUCCUUCAGGUGCUGAGGACAGAUGUAAUAAGCACCAUUCUUAUGGUGCUCAGUUGGCAAAGUCGAGUAAUUGCACGGAGCCUGAAAUUGGUAUUCAAUGGGAUUAGACAGUUGGGACUUUGUCCAUUUGAGACGAAAACGAAGAUAAAGAGGAGUUGUGGCUCGAACUCAACACCAUCAAUCAAUCCUGCUUCAUUACUAAACCAAAGUUGUUCUUCACCAAGCCACAGUUUGUCUUGUACAAUCAUGAAGUACAUGACGAAGGUUUGGCUACAUGGACCUCUUUUUCACUGAGGUAAAGAAGUUGACUCCUCCUAAUGAAUUAUCUCGUGUAGUGAAUGUUGGACGAAUUUUGUGAAUAGUGACGCCAAAAUAAGUAUAAUGAUGGUGACAAAGCCGAGGCAAGAGUUGAACUCUUUGUCCUUAAGUCGAAUUUGCCCGGCAACGGUGCCUACGGAUUUCGGCAAUCGACUCCCAAGAUACAACGGCUACACUUUUAUUUGUAGCACUCCAAAACACAAGUACAACGAACUAAAUUUAGGCUUAUGUAUUCUAAGGAUGAAAUGAAGGAAAAUCAAAAUAAAUGAAAUGAUUUUGAUUUUGGAUA